CUACACAGAAAACAUGGAAGACGGCUAUAUCUCUCAAUCACAGUGUACAGCGCAGAAUUCGAAAACAAAAAUGGCGUCCAUUCAGAUCAUGUCAGAUCUUCACCUGAGCCACCAAGACUAUAAAAGCUACCCUAUUGAACCAAAUGCACCAUACCUCGCCCUUCUUGGAGACGUUGGAUGCGUCAAAGAUGCUAGCUUCGUCGAUUUUCUCGACAGGCAGCUCACUGCUUUCCGCAUUGUUUUCCACGUUCUCGGCAACCAUGAGCCUUACGGCUCCAGUUGGGACGAUACUAUUGAAAGAUUGCAAAACUUCCAAGAGGUCAAUCGAAGAAACAGAGAAGAAGACCCAUCAGCCGGACUAGGAGAGUACGUUCUCAUGUACCAGAGAGAGUACAUGAUCCCCGACACCAACGUCACUAUACUUGGCUGCACGCUCUUCUCUAACGUGCCCGACUCCAAGCUCACGGCAGUCAGCAACGGGCUCAACGACUUUUGGGCGAUUGAUGACUGGACCGUCGAAGAGCAUUGCCAAAGACAUAAUGAGGACCUGGCAUGGCUCAAUUCAAGGGUCAAGGCCAUAACACGAGACCCCCGUCGUACUAUCGCUAUCCUCACGCACCAUAGCCCGACCGAGAACAGUCGUGCCGUCGAGCCAUUGCAUGCCAACAGCAACCUGCAGUCCGGCUUUUCAACGGACGUGCGCGGUCAGCUCUGCUGGGAGAGCCCCAAGGUCAAGCUAUGGGCGUUCGGCCAUACACAUUACAAUUGCGAUUUUGUAGACGAACAAACCGGGAAACGGGUCUAUACGAACCAGAAAGGCUACUCAUCUGGGCACUCGGCGGGAUUCCGAGCGGGCAACGUGGUUCAGUUAGGCUAGGCACCGGGAUAGAGUGCCGGGUACUGCGGUGGCACGCCGACGACUAAGGCUAAGCUACUGGAGCUAGCUUUACUAAUGUCGUUUCUCCUUUUGCCUUUAAAUCUUUAUAGAUAAGUAAUAAAUUUGUGUAUUUGGCAAG